AUGCCGGGGACUGUCGCAGAUGGACCUACGGUCUCCAUGUCCUUUGCCAACAACUUCUGGGGCAAAGACGAUGCGGGACUGCAACCAAUGUUGGAUCGCGUGCAUGGAUCGAAGAUCACCAAUGACGAACUAAAGGUGUUCUACAGCAUCCGAGCCUCGAUCGAAGAUGAAUACGCGCGCAAACUCAUGGCCCUCUGUCGCAAGUCAUUAGGGUCAUGCGAAAUUGGCUCCCUCCGUGACUCCCUCGACGUGGUGCGCGGGGAAACCGAGGCCAUCGCCAAGGGACAUGCGGCAAUCGCUUCACAAAUGAAAACAGAGUUGGAGGAGCCAUUAGCAGCAUUUGCCAGUGGUAUCAAGGAGCGAAGAAAGAUUAUUCAGCAGACCAUUGAGCGUCUGCAUAAAACAAAAAUGCAGCAAACACAAACUGUGAACAAGACGCGUGAUCGUUAUGAACAAGAUUGUCUUCGAAUUAAAGGAUACCUCGCACAGGGACACAUGGUGAUGGGACAGGAAGAGCGCAAGAACAAGGCAAAGCUCGAAAAAACACAAGUCCAGAUGGCUUCCAACAGCAAAGAAUAUGAAGCCGCGGUCCAGACUCUCGAAGAGACAACUGGGCGCUGGAACAAGGAGUGGAAGUCUGCCUGCGACAAGUUCCAGGAUUUGGAAGAGGAGAGGUUGGAUUUCACAAAGAGCAGCCUUUGGACUUAUGCAAACAUCGCUUCGACAGUUUGUGUCAGUGACGAUGGUUCUUGCGAGAAGGUUCGCCUAUCUUUGGAGGAUUGUGAAGUUGAAAAGGACAUUAUCUUCUUCAUCAAGGAGCAGGGAACCGGCCAAGAAAUUCCUGAUCCUCCGCGUUUCAUCAACUUCUGCAAGGAUGAUGAUUCAAGCUCCGAAAUGGACGAAUCUGAAGGGUACUCGGUGGCUCAGUUCCAGCGUACUAUGAAUCCUGCUUUCCGAACAUCCUCGCCUCAACCCUCCACAUUCGAGUCGCACCACGAUCCGCAGUCUGACCUUGCUGCUCAAAUGGGACACUCUGCUGCGUCACCUACUACCAAUGCGCAGCCCCAAAUGCCGCCUGCCCAAAUGCCACCGGCUCAAAUGCCACCCCCUCAGAUGCCACAGAUGCCUCAGAUGCCGCCUGCCCAGAUGCCUCCUGCUCAAAUGCCACCCCCUCAGAUGCCUCCUCAGAUGUCACCUACCCACCAUCAACACCACCAUCGGUCUCAGCAUUAUGCACAGGAGCAGCCCCAGCAGCCUGCGCCCUUGGACUUCCGCCGUGGCGGCGCGCCUCCUCCAAACUACGAUCCUGACCAGCACGGAGAGAUUGGGGCCGUUCCCCACAACGCAUAUCCGACUGAUGGUAUGACCAUGUUUUGCCGAACGGGGCCUCCCUCAGAGCGAAGCUCAGCAACCAGCGCGUAUCGCCCGUCUAGCCGUGACUCUCAGAGCGAAGUUUCCAACCCCACUUCAUUGUCUAGUGUUGAGGCAACUCCCACCAAGAAGUCUAUUCCCAAGCCAACAAACAGUGCUCCACUACCAAGCUCUGGGGAUGAGAAAUCACCAAAGAAGAAGAGCGCGUUCUUUAGCAAUAGCCCCUUCCGCCGCAAGAGCCGUCAUGAUAAGGAAAGACCUGUCAUUCCUGCAGCACAUGCUGCCUCUUCACAGCCGGCAGUGGCAUCAAAUUCGGCCCCCAGGGGUGGUUGGGAUUCUCCAACUAAGCAAAUGAGCCCGACCAAACCUGUCAGUCCGUCGAAACAGGCCAGCCCGCCUAAACAAGUUAUUCCACCAAAGCAAAUCAACCCGCCUCAGCAAAUGAGUCCACCCAAGCCAAUUAGCCCACCCAAACAAGUCAGUCCUCCCAAGCCAGUCAGCCCUCCCAAGCCGGUCAGUCCUCCCAAGCAGGCCAGCCCUCCCAAGCAGGUUAGCCCGCCAAAGCAGGUCAGCCCGGUGAAGUCAAUCGCAGGCACCCCUGUUCGUCGUUCCGGAAGUCCAGAACCUGUCGAUCCGCGAGCCAACUUCCAACUCAACGUCGGGAAUAAUGUCUUUGAUGUAGCAUCUCCAGAAAAAGACACGUCUAACAAAUCCACACAGCCAGCCCAAGGGGCCGAAGAUGACCUGGAUCCCAUUGCCCGAGCUCUGGCCGACCUCAAGACCAGCGGGAAGCAGUCAGCUACCCGUGUAUCGGCGGAUAGGUAUCACGGUAUUUCCACACCUACACCUUCGGCUCCCAACUCCACUUAUGGUGGAAGCAAUUCCAGCGUUGCCGCUCCACCAGCAUACAAUGACCCUACUGUCAAGCGACUAGGUGCACCGCAACCUGCAUUCACGGCAAAGCAAAUGCACAAGACUACCCAGAAGUAUACCGGUCAGACCCAGAGUAUGCUUCGAGGUGCCAAUAACAGCAGCAUGGGGUCCAGACACAGUGGUCAGACCCAAGAAGUCCCGCGUGCUAGGUCCCCUGCCCCUGCACCAAGACGCAGUGUCAGCCCCCAAGUUGCAUCUCCGCGGGUAGACACGCGAAUGAGCCAAAACAGUGGCAGAGGACCAAGUCCUAGCCCCAGCUCAUACCAGUCCAACAGCAUGCGGAGUCAGUACAGCGCAUCGCCCACUCCACGUCGCACCCAAGAUCCACCUUACUCUGCCCAGGACUAUAGCCGUGGUGCUUCGCCUGUCAUGAGCCACCGCGCGGUGUCCCCCAACCCACAGUUCAGACAGCAAGCCCGGCCCUCUAGCGCUGGUGGCAUGGAACUACAGCUAUCUGGAAGCCAUGAUAUGUAUGGAUCCAGUAGCCCCGGGGGAUACGCUAGCUCAAUUCGAUCCAGCGGCCGCCCAUCAUCGACUUAUGGAGACGGUCCUCCUCCUAGUCGAUCCGGUGGCCGUCCAUCAUCGACUUAUGGAGACGGUCCUCCUCCUGGCCGCUCCAGAAGCCGCACGAUGGCUGUUGCUGAGCCUGGGCGCAAAUUCAGCCGCGAUGGCAGACCCAUCUUGCAUUUCGCUCGUGCUAUGUACUCUUACAACGCCGCAAUUCCCGAAGAACUUGGCUUUGGCAAGGGUGACGUUCUCGCCGUUCUUCGUCUGCAAGAUGAUGGAUGGUGGGAAGCCGAAGUCACCAAUGCCCGUGGCCACCCUGGCCUUGUGCCAAGCAAUUAUCUUCAAAUCAUCUAA